AUGGAUCAAUCUACGACUGAGGAGCCCGCCAAAUGCGACAACCCUCGAUGCAAUGAAGACUCUCUUAAUGAAAUUAAAACAUGUGCUGGAUGCAUGAAGUUUUGUUAUUGUUCUAGGAAGUGCCAAAAACAGCAUUGGAAAAAGCACAAGCCCUACUGCCAGCACGUCACGACCAACGGAACGAGCUCUGCGCUUCUCGGGGCCCUUGAAUACCAUACGAAGAUCGCAGUUUACGAUCCCGAAGCCAAGUCUCUCGCUAGUGACCUUGAUAUCACUCUUCCAGCCUUUUUGGGCGGGGAUAUUCAUAUCCUUAUACGCAUGACUAUCAUUGGAAAAGACACUCCGGAGCACUUCGCCAUUUUAUUCGGUCAGAAGGACGCAGACGAAUACGACAACAAGUCCGACAAUCAACGUAUCCUGACCCUACUAGACGCCCCUCCGGGUUCUUUCUCAUACGAAUCCCGUCGACGCCUUCUUCGUGGGAGCAACCUCCCUUACACUCCUCGAGAGCCUUCCGCCUACGAAGCAUUCAUCGUACGCAAGGUCAGGGAGAUGCAGGAGACAAUCCGCCAGCACAUGGGUUCUCGCGGACUCGCGGAUAUCGGGGUUGGAGACAUGCAUGACAUUUUGCAGCAAUUUGAUCCGGCCGGGCAGAUCCCACACAGAUACCUCUUUUUAGGUAGCUCGAAAGGUUUCCUGAACAGUGGAACUAAAGGGGGUGGCGCCGUUUUGUAA